GGUUGAAUUCCUGAGGGGCGGUUCAGGAAGAGCACAUGAAAAGGAAAGGAGCAAAAUACAUGAUGGGAAGGGUUCUCUCUGGAAGAGCACAUUCCAGAGGAAAAACAGUAAAUGUUCUUGUGGAACUAUUAGUCACAGAUUAACCAUUUAGGGUUUCAGCAGAUUUUGAGAAAGGGGAAUAGGAUGCCACAUGGCAACUUCUUUGUUCUUUGUAUGAUUUACAAUCCUCCAUUUUGCCUUCAACUUCUAUCAAUCACUUUCAUAUACAAUUUCAACCAUAACUCAGCUUGCACCAGCCUAUUACCCUUUAAUCAACAUUCCUUUUCCUUCAAUACACUUAUCCAUAACCUUUCAUUUAAUCUAUCUCCUACUGCAUUUGCAACCUCUAGGGGGAACUCUUACAAAAUACUGUGUAUUUCUGGAUAAUACCGGAAAUCGCUGCUACUUAGUAUGACAAAAUGCUUUCAACUUUUUUUCUUAACUGCAUUAGCUGAGCCGCUGUUGCUAUCUCCUCACUAUAUCCUCCAACGCUAGAAUUUCCCAUUUUUGUGGUACCACAAAGAUCAAACGAUCUCUAAUUAUUAUCGAAUCCGCAAACUUAAGCGCAGUUACACACAGAUAAAGCGAUAUAUAAUAUAAUAUAAUAGUAUCGAGCCCACAAUAUCUCUUGGUGAAGACCCCUGGUCCAUUCACCGGGAUACAAAAUCUUACAUAAGAUGCAAAAUCUUACAAAACAUCCAAUCGCCUAUGAUAAUUGGUUUUAACCCUGUCCUAAAGACUCUUGUCAGAGUUUGGCUGGGAUCCAAUACUAUGUAAUGGAUUACCAGCUGUCUAACAACUUCCGUUCUGCUCAGCACGUCAAUACAGCAUGAAAAGCCACACAAAGAAGGAAUACUCAAACUGGUUCUUUCGUUCUAACAGACAUGAUCUUUUACCAUGGUGAUGGAUCAUGUGAUGACCGAAGUGACGUCACCACAGGUCCUUUUCCUGUACACAGCAAAGAAGAAGACAGAAGAGAUGCCAGCUGCGUGAAAUAGAAAUCUGCAAUAAUCUGUUGUAGACAAAUUAAUGGUUGCAAUCAGCUUGCAUCAAAGUUUGUGUAAGGAAAAAGUUAAACAAACCAAAACCCGCUGGGCAAGUUGCCGGGACCAGUUCCGGCGGGAGAUGUCCAGCAAAGGCCGGAGUGGGGAGGGAACAUCGCGGAAACGGGCCUAUAUUUAUACGGCCCAGUUGCAGUUUCUGCGGCCAGUAAUAGAAUUGAGGCCUACUGUGGACAGUCUGGAUGCGUCCCAAGAUUCCGAUACGUCGGGCAGUGAAACCCCUGCGGUAUUUUCACCACAAGCAAGUCCUGAUCCAACGCCGGCUGAGGACCCAGAGGACUCCACGCUGGCCGAGGCCCCCCUACCACUGGCCAGUCCACCCCGGAUUGUCCAGCCCCAGCCCAGACGGCGCCGCCAAGUCCCUCCCUCUACCUCUGGGCCAGAGAGUCGGGAGGUUAUUGAUGCCCGCGUCAUCGAUUUUCUGGCCCAGAGGAGGAGUGAUAGCAAGGAGGAAAAGCUGUUGAGGGGACUGGGCCCGCUACUGCAGCAGGUCGCACCGAAUGAACAUCCUGACUGCGUGGCUUCUAUAGCCAUUGUGAUAAAAAUGUUCACUUGCCCCAACCAUGGGGACAUCAUUGGCCAUGCAAAUUGACAUUGAAAAUGCUGGCUAGCAGCCCAAUCCUGCCCCAUAUCAAUUCCCUCCCCAACCCACCCAAGGCCCUUCUUAUGCACCCCCACCACAGUACCUUCCACCUCAGGGGCCAAUUCAUUCUGUGGGACAGCCCCUUUACCAGCCCAGUUUAGCAACUGGGGCACCACCACAGGCCCAUGUUAGGCCACGGUCCUCUUUUGCGCCUGGGUCGUUCUCUCAGGACCUUCUUGAAUUGUAAUUUUUGGGUUUUUUUUUUACAAAAAGCACUUUAUAUGUUAUUGGUUUAAUGUUGGAUAAUUACCAUUGACUGUGUUUUGGGUGAGCCC